ACGCCCAUUGCCAGUGAGGACUGGGGAAGUCAGGAGGCAGCUGUCAGUCUCUUGGACGCCUUCGGUUUCUGCCCAGUACAUUUCCCUUCCGCUAUUGUCUGGGCGCCACCUCCGACCCCCAGGUGCGACCAGCUGCAGCAGGCCGACCUAUCGUGGCCGGGGCUAGCGCCGGCCUCCUACCGCUUCCUCCGGCGCUUUCCUUCUCCGCUGCGCCUGCGCGACCGGAAAAUUCGCGAAGGUUCCUGAAACGCCACUGAUCGUUUCCGGAAGCCGGCAGUCGCGGCGGUCGUCAGACAGGUGCUAGCGACACGGGAGUGGCCAAGGCAUCCUCUUGCCGUUCCCGGUGUUUGGGCCUUGCGUGUGAAGGAGGGAACGGAAAAUGUCCUUGCUGUGCUACAACCGGGGCUGCGGUCAGCGCUUUGACCCUGAGACCAAUUCCGAUGAGGCUUGCACAUACCACCCAGGUGUUCCAGUCUUUCAUGAUGCCUUAAAGGGUUGGUCGUGCUGUAAGAGAAGAACAACUGAUUUUUCUGAUUUCUUAAGUAUUGUUGGCUGUACAAAAGGUAGACAUAAUAGUGAGAAGCCACCUGAGCCAGUCAAACCUGAAGUCAAGACUACUGAGAAGAAGGAACUAUCUGAAUUGAAACCGAAAUUUCGGGAACACAUCAUUCAAGCCCCUAAACCAGUAGAAGCUAUAAAAAGGCCAAGCCCAGAUGAACCAAUGACAAAUUUGGAAUUAAAAAUAUCUGCCUCCCUAAAACAAGCACUUGAUAAACUUAAACUGUCAUCAGGGAAUGAAGAAGAUAAGAAAGAAGAAGACAAUGAUGAAAUUAAGAUUGGGACCUCAUGUAAGAAUGGAGGGUGUUCAAAGACGUAUCGGGGUCUAGAGAGUCUAGAAGAAGUCUGUGUGUAUCAUUCUGGAGUACCUAUUUUCCAUGAGGGGAUGAAAUACUGGAGCUGUUGUAGAAGAAAAACUUCUGAUUUUAAUACAUUCUUAGCCCAAGAGGGCUGUACAACAGGGAAACACAUGUGGACUAAAAAGGAUGCCGGGAAAAAAGUUGUUCCGUGUAGACAUGAUUGGCAUCAGACGGGAGGUGAAGUUACCAUUUCAGUAUACGCUAAAAAUUCACUUCCAGAACUUAGUCGAGUAGAAGCAAAUAGCACAUUGUUAAAUGUGCACAUUGUAUUUGAAGGAGAGAAGGAAUUUGAUCAAAAUGUGAAAUUAUGGGGUGUGAUUGAUGUAAAGCGAAGUUAUGUAACUAUGACUGCAACAAAGAUUGAGAUCACUAUGAGAAAAGCUGAACCGAUGCAGUGGGCAAGCCUUGAACUUCCUGCAGCGAAAAAGCAGGAAAAACAAAAAGACGACACAACAGAUUGAGUGGGAGAUAGGAGGAAGACUAUUACAUAUUUCAGAAUUCUUAAUACUGUGUGAAGUGGUGGCUUGCUGCUGUAAUCUUUUGUUGGUGUGUUACUGAAUCUGGCAUUUCAGGGUUAACAUUAGGUUCUUAAAAGCCAAAGUUAGUCUUUUUGUGCCUCUCAUCUUUCUUUUGUAUAAUUUAAGAUUGAUUAUUCAUUUCUCCUUGAUGGUAGGAACCACAGUUGUGUCCUGUACUUGAAGAGGCUGGAAAAUAGCCCAUAACCAUAAUUACAGUAUUUCUUUGUAUUUCUUUGUUAAGCAGAGAAAUAUUACGGAACAUGUUUUUUACGUCUUUCUAUUCCGUAAUUAGUAAAGCAAGAUGAAAUGUCAAAUUUUAAUCAUUUUUUUCAUGGAUUUGUGUUUUUACAGUACUUGAAAAUAUUUAAGGAGGAGAUGAUGCUCUGCAGUUUUUUUCUAUGUGGGAUGAUGACUUUUUUAAGGAGGAUUAAAUCUGGGAUAGUGUAGUAAGUAAAGGGGAAUAUAUGAAUAGUUUAACAAAUUAGAAUUUGUUUACAACUACUUGAAUUUUUAAAUUACGUCAAAACUUACAUUACUUACCAAGCAGUAUGAUGUAAGAGGAUAGGAAACAUAAAUAAGAAUACAGAGGUAUCAAUCUGGUUAAAAUUCACCAUUUUAUAACACUAAGCAAUAAUCUUAAAAACCUCUUUCCUGAAUAUUUAAAUGUGUUUGUAUGGUGUUAUGACUAAAUUGUUACUGAUUUAUAGAGUAAACCCUCUUAAAACCUUUAGUUAAAUAUAAAAAGAAAUUAUAUAUAUUUGUCUCCCUGAUGGAAAACUAUAUAAAAUUGUAGACUUAAAAAGUUUGUGAAAAUGCGUUAGGAUAUCAGAAAACUAAAUAUAUGGACUUGCUUUAUGACUGUCUAUUACAUGUUAAAUAAAAUAGCUCAAUUCUUUUGGAGUUUUUUUAAAAAGUAAUUCAUGAAGAGCUUCAUAAUUCCAGUGAUACAAUGUUGAUUAUAUAUUGUACUUUAUUUAUAUUAAAUAUAGAUAACACAGAACUAGAUUUGUUUGGAUAGGUUUUGAGGCAGCACAGAGCUCAAGAAGAAAAAUUAGGAAAUACUACGAAGGCCAAAAGUCUGGAAGAACUUAGAAAGUUUGGGAAUAAAUUAAACUUAUAUAGAUUUAAAAUGAAAAUAAAAGGGGUUUAUUUCCCAAACCCCUCAAGUCUUUUCUGUGUUGUUGUUUUUUUUUUUUUUUUUUUUUUUUUUUUUUUUUUUUUUUUUUUUUUUUUUUUUUUUUUUUUUUUUUUUUGUAUUUAUGGAAUUCUUAGAAAAAUUUAAAAAGCACUGUUUUCGUUAAUAAAGCAUAUAUAUCAUUCUGCUACCAUUAGAAAAUAACUUAGAUAUAGUUAAUAUAAUUGCUGAAAGGUAUAGCUUUGUUACAAAUAAAAACUAAAAGAUCUGGCAACCAGACUUUGAUGACGUUACGCCACCAUGACAAGAAACUCUGGGCAGUAAAAGUUGGACUCACUCUGCCCUGAGAUGUAUUUAAAUUUUUCAAGUUAUCUUUCAUGAUGCAGCAACUGUUUAGAGACAUGAAGUCUUUAUGGGUUAGGGGAAAGGUUGAUACUUAGUUUGAUUAAAGUUAAGGAUCAAUAUUGCCUUUUUUAAAUACUUAUUUCUGAGGCUGUGUUCCCGUAAACAGUAUCUUAAUUUGUUAUAUGUGAUUGAAAUACUAUUUAAAGUAGUGAGUUAGUGUAACCUCAGAUUUGUUGCAUUGUUCAAAACAUUGAUUUUUUUAAUGUGUAUAUAUAUAUACACACAUCUAUACACACACACACAUUAUAUAUAUAGCUUUUAUAUUUAGUCUGGUUACAUUAGUGACCAUGGUAUUUCAUUUCUUAUUUCUUAGGGCGCCUUCGAAUUUGUUGUCCAGAUAAAAAUCUGAAUGACAUUUAUCUUAAGACUCAUACGUAAAGGGAAGGGACACAGUUAUUGUUAGGUAGCAUAUGUUAUACUGUUGGUUUGUCAAAAAAGUUAAUAAAAAAUGCUUUACUGA